AUGGGCUUACUUUAUGGACAUUGUCACGGACAGGGUUCGUUCGGUCAGCCAACCCUAACAGCCGUCCUCGGCAUCUGGACGGGCGCCGUAUCCGGAUCACCGCACGGUAACAGCGACGACCAAGCGAGCAGGCAGGUCGGCGGUGCCGGCACCCAAGGCGGCGGCGGCGAGGCGACGAGGCAACUCGGCCGGCUUGCCGUCUGGCAGCUAUGCACUCGUACCCUGCCCGACUCGGAGGGACGAAGAAGACGACGAACGGGGUUCAGGUGCCGUGGGUGGGGCGAGGCGGACGCUGCGUCGUCGAGAAGGCGUCGCCGGCGAGACGGUGGCUGGUGCUGGGAUCGAGCGAGCGACGAGGAGAGUCAAGACGAGGCAAGCGGAAGGAUGGAUGGUGGAUGGUGGAUGGUGGAUGGCGGAUGGCGGCGAGACUCGUCCGCGCGAGGGGACCGGAGGAGGAGGGCCAGUGGUUCGCAGGCUAGAGCGGUGGGGAGGGGCGAGAUUGCGGCGGCUGAGGUGAUCUGUCAGGUACCCGAGCUGAACCAGGCCUAG